AUGGCAGACCCUUUGAGCAUUACCGCGGGCAUUGUAGGCAUUGUGGUACCUGCUUUGCAAGGUGUCCGACUCUUAGGAGAGGAGUUGAAGCAGAUAAGAGAUGCUCCAGAAAAUGUCGCCGCGCUGAGGGAAAGUAUAGGCUCAGUGGAAAGAUCUCUCGUUACUCUCGAGACGAUCGGAGACAAAGCAUGGGAGUCUCUCGGAAUAGCUGAGAACACCAAGACGACGAUUAGAAUAUGCGGUGAAACGUGCGACGAAUUCAGACUUGACCUGCAACGCUGGACCAAACACUCGCAGGGCGAUACCCUGUCUCUGCGGGACCGAUCGAAGAUUGGGUUUUGGAAACAGCAACCCAUUCGGUCUAUGGAGAAGAAACUCCACAACUGUCAAGUUACUAUCACCGAAGUUGUCAGUAUAGCAACACUCAUUAGCUCAUUGCAGCAUUCUCAUAUCACAGAAGUCGCGCGAAUUGAAAAACAACAAGAAGUCACAAUGGCUGUUCAAAAAGCGGAUUUACAAAGUACAGACAUCUCUGCGCGGAAGAAAGAGCUCAGAAGCUGUGAUUUGGAUGACGACGAGAUCCAAGACGCUUACUAUCAACUUAAACAAGAACAGAAAGCGCUGGAUUUGUCGCAACAGUUACUGAAGGAAUUGUUGGCUAAGAUCCAGGAGCCUGUCAUCUCGCAAAUCGCAGCCAAGAUGAAGGAACAGUCGAUCACCGUGACAUUUGGUGGAAAAAACAAUGUUAAUUCAGGAAUCCAGUUUGGUGUCAACAAUGGUAACUUGAGCAAUUUGACGUUUGGUGCUGCUAAUCACCAUUGA